AGGUUGUUCUAAGUUUGUUAAAGUUUUGGCCAAAAACACAUAGUCCUAAAGAGGUGAUGUUUUGAAUGAAUUAGAAGAAAUCCUUGAUGUUGUCGAUCCAUCCGAAUUUCGAAAAGUUAUCAGGCCACUUUUUACACAGUUAGCUAAAUGUGUAUCAUCGCCUCAUUUCCAGGUUGCAGAACGUGCACUUUACUUUUGGAGUAAUGAUUACAUACUUCAAUUGAUGCAUGACCAUGUUGAAGAAAUUCUGCCAAUCAUGUUUCCUGCUCUAUAUCGGACAAAAGAGCACUGGAACAAAACUAUCCAUGGUCUGGUGUACAAUGCUUUAAAAUUGUUCAUGGAAAUGAAUCAAAAACUAUUUGAUACAUGUACGCAACGGUAUAAGGAAGAGAGGCAAAGAUGUCGCGAAGAAGCUAAACGUCGUGAACGCGUAUGGGCUACAUUACACGAAACUGCGAGAAGUAACCCUUUGUAUGCUAUUGUAAUGAGGGAAGCAUCCAGUUCAAAUCAACAUUUGCCCACUUCAACACCCCUUAAUUCAGCGUCAUCAUCAUCUGCUAUGGGUGGCUACUGUGUAAAUAAUGGGACUGCAUCUUCUAGUAAUGCUGCUCAAAAUGAUGAUAGUCAACCCUGCCCAGAUGAAGAUAUUAGCGGUUCUCUGAUGAAUCUUCAACGUGAAGCCGAGGAUGAUUUAGAAAUUCAAGGAAUAAUUCAUGAACGACGUCGUGAUAGGCUUACCAUGAUUCAACGAAAAUCUGAACUUCCUCAUAGUCAGACAACUAUCCGUGCUCUUGAACAACAUCGUCGUCCAGAUGAAUACUUGAAGACACAACCUGAUAACUAAUAGAACAAAACAAUAAGAUAGUAUAAAAUUCAGUAAAAGAGAAUAUUUUCUUAGUAGUUCUUGGCUGAAUAUCCCGGUCUCCCCUAUGUUCAAUUACACACUCACACAUGCAUAUAUAUACACUCAUAUACAUGUGCAUUAUACUUACUUCUAUUGUUGUUGAGAUUUGAGAGGUGUGUGUGUUAUUCCUAUCAGUUUACGGGUUUUUCUACUUGUGUUAACAGAUGAAUGUUUUUUUCAUCGUUGCGUAUUGUGUUUAACCUUCUCAAGUGGGCUCUUUUGAGUUCCAACUUUUUCACACUCAAAACUUCAUAGUUUACCCUGCUCACCCGUAGCACCCAAAUAACAACUUUGUUUCUUUUUCUUUCGGUCUUCGAAAUAAAAAUGUAUUUUGUUGAAAAGCAAGUCUAUUUUAUUACUGUGCAUUCUGUAAUCAGAGAAAAUUUUCGCCUACUCAUUUCUUCCUGAUUCACUGUUUACACAUAAACACACACGUACAUAUAUGCUUGUUUACAUUGGGUUAUGUCGUCUAUUUUCGGUGUGGUAAUAGCACUUAGUAAAAGAGGAGCAAAACAGUAUUUAUUCUUAGGAAUUUUCCCUGCUCAUUCUACCUACAACAAACGUUCUUCAUUUUGCCAUUCUGUUUCAAAAUUUUAUAGUUUCAUCGUUUACCGUUUCGCUUAAAUGUGUGUUCUGGGUAUGCAGUUGUUGUAUUUUACCGUGGUGAACAGCCGAACUUAUUUUGGUCAUUAUAUGUAUACGCCUAACUUGUACUACUAUUACUUCUAGUGUUAGUAGUAUUUACUUCCAAGCAAUAUAGUUUUCACACAUUUUUGUCUAAUUUACCGUUUCUUAUUUUCAUCUCUGUUAUUUGACUGUCGUUACGAAAGGUAUACGACUGGCGUAUACGUGAACGUACACACAAAUCAACACUUGAAAGCUAGUCACGAGUUACCAGUUUUUAUUGUUUUUGAUACUCUUUCGUCGUUGAAAGGUGAUCCUACUGGUACAAUCCUUAUAGUACUCCUGUUAUUAUUAUUAUUGUUAUUAGUAGUUAUGUUGUUUCUCAGGUCUCUAGUUCCCCGUGACAUCUCUAUUGCCCAAGCAUACUAAUAAAUACAUUUGAUGCAAAGAAUGUGAUUUUCUUCUAUCUUCUCUCUCUUCCUCCUUUUUGCUUCUCUUUGACGGUGUGCAGGCAUUGCUCAGCUUUGUAGCCUUCUUUUAUUAUCUUUCGUUAUCAUUUUAACAUUGUCCACGUGUUUUCUGUUCAGUCCAGUUUUUCCUUUUUGUAAAGCCACAUUGUGGUGUUUAUUACUGUAGGAAGAUAAAUUGUUAUCAGUGGAUGUCGUGAUUGUCAGCAAAUUGUUUUCACUAUCUUUUCUCUCUGUAACGAACUACAUUCACCUCAUACAUGUGUAAUAAUCAUUUUUUUAUUCAAGUAAAUAGAUAAAUAAAUAUAUAUGCGUAUAUAUUUACAAUUUGUUUAUUUGUUGUAACGAUCGAUUGUUUACGCGAAAUUACAGAACGAUGCCAGUGUUUAUGGACACGUGUAAGCAUUCAGUAUUAUCAUUCCGUUCCUCUGUACAAAAUACCGGUUUGCUUUUUUUUCACUUUUCCUGUUCAUCUGUUUGUGUCCUCAGUAGUGAAUUAUUUGGUGAAUAACUGCACUGUUUGUUGUUCUCUCUUCAUUUCUGUUCAAUUUUAUCAUAAAAUGCUUUAAAU